AUUUGAUUUAUGAUUUCACAUAUCCACAUUGAGGUUAUGUUGUAACGUAAGGCGGUGCUGCAAUUUUUGGAAGAAUUUUUUAUUUUUGCAAAGUUUUAUAUUGUGGAUCAUGAGUGCUGCCGAAAAAAGGAAAAGGGGUGCCAAUUUUACAACAAGUGAAACUACCUACUUCUAUCUAUAAUUACGGAAUUUAAAGGGAUCAUGGAAAAUAAAAAAACUGAUGGUGUUUCUGUACAAGAAAAAAACCAGGCGUGGAGUAAAAUUACUGCGAAAUUUAAUGCAGCUUGCCUUGAAGGGAGGCAUCGAACAAUGGACUCCUUGAAAGAGCUAUUUGACAAUAAAAAAAGGGAGCUGCGGAAACCAAAGGCAGAAAUACUUAAACUGGUGGUGGGCCUUCACAGAGAACUGGUCAUCACUGAAUCAUCACAAUUGAUGGAAGAUGGGAAUCAAGAAAACAAUUCCAGGAGUAUGGAGCAACUAGCAGAUAUAUCAAGGGGAUGGAAGAAAGGGUCAGAUUUGAAAAAACCUGUUUCAGCACAAUUGAGGUGAUCUAUCAGUAAACCAGCACAAAGUGAUAAGGUUGAAAGCCAAGCAAGCAAACGUGCUAAUACCUGCAAGCCAUCAAAUCGUAGAAGACCUACUGAGACAGUCAUAAGGUCACUAUCAUCAAACCAGCUCGCUGAAAAAUACAACUUGUUGGUUGAUAAAAAGAAUGUUAUUGCAGACCAUGCUUAGAAGAAGCUCGAACAAGUAUUGAACAUGAAUUAAGGGUACAAGCGUUAAAAUAUGACAUAGAAAUUAAAAAGAGGCAAUUAGACUCACUAAGGCCCGAGGCAGAAUGACACAUGAUUUCCAAGACUAUUUUAUUAAUGGUUUGUUGUUGUUUUUUGUAUUCUAUACCUGUUUUUUUUGAAAAAUGAGAUUUAACUACAGAUUUAACUACAGAUGUGACUAGGCUAGACCACAACAAUUUUACAAAUCAAGAACAUUUGUUUCUUCGUAUUCUACUUAAACAAAUGUUGCAAUGUCUUAAUGUAUUGUUAUUUUGAAAAUAAAACAAUUUACAUUUACUACUAAUUAUAAACAUUAAUAUUGGUCAUAAUAUAAAAAUGUCUAUCAGACCAUACAUCACUACUAUACUGUGAUAUUUUCAAAAUACAGGGUGGUCCAUAAGUCCUUUGAAAUUUCAAAUUUGAAUAAAAUUUAACGGGUGAGCGUGAGCGGCGCGGGCGAGGUGGGGGCAGUAUCUUCAGUUUCUGGGAAUUCAGUCGCCAUGGAGUGUUUCACUGGAGCGGAUCGUGCUUUUUGUGUGCGCGCGUUUUAUCAAAAUAAUGAUUCGGCAACCAUUGCGCGGCGUAAAUAUCGAGAAUACCACAAUUUACACAAUUUUACAAAGUGUCCAACAGCUCAAAC